UGUAGUGUUUUAUUUAAGUUAUUUUAUAAAUUGACAAGAUUUCGCUUUUAAAGUCAAAGUCGUCGAGAUAAAAACCAACUUGGACAUUUUAUUUACAAACACUGUCCAGAAGAUGUGAAUCCGUUGGCUGAUUUAGCAGGAAUAAUUAGCAAGAUGAAAAAUAUGAAAUUUUGUAGUGGGGGUAGGCGGAACGCGACCGUGGUGGUAUAAAACUAUUGAGUUCCUCGGGUGCAAAUUUAAAGUUCUUGUGGAAGUUCACGUACACGGACAUAUUUGUGUUGCUAAUUAAUUGUUAAGUGAAUUGUUGUGAAGCAGCAUAUUUUUAAAACAAGCCAUUUAUUUACCUUAAACAAAUAAUAAUUAAGAUGACCGGUGAAACUGACCUGGUUGAUAAACCGCCACAUAACAAUGACGAUCAGAACGUUAGAAGAUGUCAGUUCAAGCCAAGAAAGCGGGCAAUUUGUUGCAAAAAUCACCAGGACAAAAACAAGGAUGUUUAUGACACGUUAUAUGACACGGGAAUAAGCGAGAAUACAACAUGUACCAACCAGGUUUGUCUUGGAAGUAUGAUGGCCCAGCCGGGCAGGAACGACAUCAGAACACCUCAAGAGAUUCUUCAACAUGCCAAAGAUUUCCUGGAUCAAUAUUUCACAUCCAUCAGAAGAUCCCAGAGCCCCGCUCAUAUAGCCCGGUGGGAGCAGGUCCAGAAGGAAGUCAACACCACCGGCGCCUAUCAAUUAACCGAAACGGAACUGAUCUACGGCGCAAAGCUGGCCUGGAGAAACUCCGUGAGGUGCAUAGGCCGGAUCCAGUGGUCCAAAUUGCAGGUGUUUGACUGUCGAUACGUCACGACGACCAGCGGCAUGUUUGAGGCCCUGUGCAACCACAUCAAGUACAGCACGAACAAGGGGAAUAUUCGCUCCGCCAUAACAAUAUUCCCUCAACGCACCGACGGAAAGCACGACUUCAGAGUGUGGAACCAGCAACUUCUGGGCUACGCCGGCUAUCGUCAGCCCGACGGUUCCGUCGUUGGUGACCCCCUGAACGUCGAGUUCACCGAAAUGUGCCAGAAACUGGGAUGGAAAAGCGCCGGCACCAGAUGGGACCUGCUGCCCUUGGUGCUGUCGGCCAACGGACACGACCCCGACUACUUCGACAUUCCUUCGGAAUACGUUUUGGAAGUACCUCUGAGCCACCCCACUUUGGACUGGUUCGAAGAGCUGGGACUCAAGUGGUACGCACUGCCGGCUGUUUCCAGCAUGAUGUUCGACUGUGGCGGCAUCCAGUUCACGGCUGCUCCCUUCAAUGGCUGGUACAUGAGCACGGAGAUCGGUUGUCGCAAUCUGUGCGACACGCACAGAUUAAACAUGCUGGAGACAGUGGCUUUGAAGAUGGGCUUGGACACCCGCACGCCGGUGACUUUGUGGAAGGACAAAGCUUUAGUGGAAUGCAACGUAGCGGUUCUCCACAGUUUCCAGCAAAAAGGCGUCACAAUAGUUGACCACCACACAGCUUCGGAGUCGUUCAUGAAACAUCUGGAGAACGAGGUCAGACUCAGACACGGCUGUCCGGCCGAUUGGGUUUGGAUUGUUCCACCCCUUUCCGGGUCCGCCACUCCGGUGUUCCAUCAGGAGAUGGCCCUGUAUUAUUUGAAGCCUUCUUAUGAAUAUCAGGAGCCGGCAUGGAAAUCCCAUGUGUGGAAGAAAGGAAGGGACUCGGGAAAAAGCAAAAAGCCACGCCGUAAAUUCCACUUCAAACAAAUUGCACGCGCCGUCAAGUUCACAUCGAAGCUGUUCGGACGAGCAUUAUCCAGAAGGAUUAAGGCCACAGUCUUAUACGCCACCGAGACGGGGAAGUCUGAAGGUUAUGCCAAAAAGCUCGGCGAAAUUUUUGGACAUGCCUUCAACGCCCAGGUCUACAGUAUGGCCGACUACGACAUCUCCAGCAUCGAACACGAGGCUUUGCUUUUGGUUGUGACCUCAACUUUUGGUAAUGGCGACCCUCCAGAAAACGGCGAGGAAUUUGCGAAAAAUUUGUAUACUUUGAAAAUGAACGAAAAUGGAAUUUCAAAUGGUGACCCUACUAAACUUAGGUUUGCUGUGUUUGGUCUUGGUUCGAGCGCUUAUCCAAACUUCUGCGCUUUUGGCAAAUACGUGGAUAAUUUGCUUGGCGAACUGGGCGGGGAGCGACUCCUGAAACUGGCCACUGGAGACGAAAUGUGCGGUCAGGAACAGGCAUUCAGGAAGUGGGCUCCGCAAAUUUUCAAAGUUGCUUGCGAAACGUUUUGUUUGGACGACGACGACACAUUCCUCGAAGCCACCAUCACUUUACAAAGUCAGUCACUGACUGCACAGACCGUCAGAUUUGUUGAAGCUAAAGUUGAUAAAUUGACUUCCGGCCUACAGAAGUGCCAUAACAAAAAGGUUUCCGCGUUACCGCUAAUAAGAAGAACAAAUUUGCAUGGCGAGAACUCGCCUAAAGCAACUUUGUUAUUGGAAUUCGACAACUAUUUGUUGUACAAACCCGGCGAUCACGUGGGAGUUUUCGCAGUCAAUAGGCCGGAAAUUGUUGACAAAAUCAUAACCAGACUUAAAGGAGUCACUGACCCGGACGCUCCAGUGGAAUUGCAAAUUCAAAGCGAGAGUCACACUUCAAAUGGUGUUGUUAAAACUUGGACGGCACACGAAAGAUUGCCACGCAGCUCUGUAAGGGAGCUUCUAUCCAGAUACUUGGACAUCACAACCCCUCCGUCUCCAAACCUGUUGGAGCAGUUUGCCGCAAUUGCCACCGAUGAAGAAGAUCAAAGAAAACUCAACACUCUAGCUACAGAUUCCGCAGCUUACGAAGACUGGAGACACUGGCGCUUCCCGAACCUGCUGGAAGUCCUAGAGGAGUUCCCUUCAAUUGCUCCCUACGCUCCACUUUUGCUCGCCCAACUGAGCAUCCUGCAACCAAGAUUUUAUUCAAUUUCGUCCAGUCCAGCCUUAAAUCCCAACCAACUUCAUUUGACUGUUGCUGUCGUGGUUUACAGAACACAAGAUGGUGAAGGUCCAAUACACCAUGGAGUAUGUUCCAAUUAUCUUCAAGACAUUCCGGAAGGAGAAGAAGUGUGUCUCUUCGUCAGAAGUGCUCCUAGUUUCUAUCUACCAAAUGAUAUAUCAAGACCUGUUAUCCUGGUGGGCCCAGGAACAGGUAUUGCGCCAUUCCGAUCCUUCUGGCAACACAGAUAUGCACUCAUGAAACAGAACCAACAGAAAGUUGGUAAGAUGUGGCUGUUCUUCGGAUGCAGAACCAAGGAUAUGGAUCUUUACAAGGAAGAGAAGGUUCAGAUGCAAAAUGCGGGAGUCCUCGACAGAGUAUUUUUGGCGCUUUCCAGAGAACCCAACAUUCCAAAGACUUAUGUCCAGAAUUUGGCCCAAAACGAGGCUGCAGAAAUCUAUCGAUUUUUGGUGAUUGAAAAAGGUCACUUUUAUGUCUGUGGUGAUUGCACAAUGGCUGAGCAUGUGUAUCAAACGCUGAAAUCUAUUAUUCAAAAGUAUGGAGGCAUGACAGAUCAGCAGGUUCAAAAUUAUAUGCUGUCUUUAAGAGAUGAAAACCGCUACCACGAAGACAUAUUCGGAAUUACACUUAGAACAGCAGAAGUCCACAACAGAUCGAGAGAGUCGGCAAGGAUCAGGAUGGCAUCGGAACCUUAACAUUUCGAUUUUUUAUAAUAAAAUUACAAUAAACCGUAUAUUUCUAUA